AUGAGGACUGUGCAAAAGUGGGUUUUCAUUCAGAUAUUUCAAGUUCUCCGUGGGGGAUACAAAAAACACCCUAGUGCAAUCCUGCCUGGUAUGGACUUGUUGUCCGGGACGUAUAUAUUUGCGGUUCUGUUAGCAUGUGUCGUGUUUCAGUCUGGCGCCCAGGAGAAGAACUACACCAUUCGGGAAGAAAUGCCAGAAAACGUCCUCAUAGGCGACUUGCUGAAAGACCUCAACUUGUCGCUAAUUCCAGACAAGUCUUUAACAACUCCUAUGCAAUUCAAGUUAGUAUACAAGACCGGAGAUGUGCCACUGAUUCGAAUUGAAGAGGGCACAGGUGAGAUCUUCACUACUGGAGCUCGCAUUGAUCGUGAGAAAUUGUGUGCUGGCAUCACAGUGGACACCCGUUGCUUUUAUGAAGUGGAGGUUGCCGUUCUGCCGGAUGAAAUAUUUAGAUUGGUUAAAAUACGUUUUCUAAUAGAAGACAUAAAUGAUAAUGCACCAUUAUUCCCUGCAACGGUUAUCAAUAUAUCAAUUCCAGAGAACUCGGCUAUAAACUCUCGAUAUGCUCUCCCAGCGGCCAUUGAUCCAGACACAGGAAUAAAUGGAGUUCAAAACUACCAACUAAUUAAGGGUCAAAAUAUUUUUGGACUUGAUAUCAUAGAAACGCCAGAAGGAGAGAAGAUGCCACAACUAAUAGUUCAAAAGGAGUUAGAUAGGGAAGAAAAAGAUACAUAUGUAAUGAAAGUAAAGGUUGAAGAUGGUGGCUUUCCUCAAAGAUCCAGUACUGCUAUUUUGCAAGUCAGUGUUGCUGAUACAAAUGACAACCAUCCAGUUUUUAAGGAGGAUGAGAUUGAAGUCAAUAUACCAGAAAAUGCUCCUGUAGGUUCUUCAGUAACACAGCUCCAUGCCACAGAUGCUGAUAUAGGUGAAAAUGCCAGGAUUCAUUUCUAUUUCAGCAAUCUUGUCUCCAGCAUGGCCAAGAGGCUAUUUCACCUCAACUCUACUACUGGACUUAUCACAGUAAAAGAACCACUGGAUAGGGAGGAAUCUCCAAACCACAAGUUACUGGUUUUGGCAAGUGAUGGUGGAUUGAUGCCAGCAAGAGCAAUGGUGCUAGUAAAUGUUACUGAUGUCAAUGAUAAUGUCCCAUUGAUUGACAUAAGAUACAUCAUCAAUCCAAUCAAUGGCACUGUGGUUCUUUCAGAAAAUGCUCCUCUCAACACCAAAAUUGCUCUCAUAACUGUGACAGAUAAGGAUGCUGACCAUAAUGGUAGGGUGACAUGCUUUACAGAUCAUGAAGUCCCUUUCAGAUUAAGGCCAGUGUUCAGUAAUCAGUUCCUCCUAGAGACUGCUGCAUAUCUUGACUAUGAGUCCACAAGAGAAUAUGCCAUUAAAUUACUGGCCGCAGAUGCUGGCAAACCUCCUUUGAAUCAAUCAUCCAUGCUCCUCAUCAAAUUAAAAGAUGAAAACGACAAUGCUCCAGUUUUCACUCAGUCUUUCAUAAGUCUUUCUGUUCCUGAGAAUAACUCUCCUGGUACCCAGUUGACAAAAAUAAGUGCAACAGAUGCAGACACUGGGCGUAAUGCUGAGAUACAUUACCUGCUAGGCAUUGAUGCUCCGUCUGAAUUCAACCUGGAUCAUCGUACAGGCAUUCUGACUGCAGUGAAGAAACUGGAUAGAGAAAAACAGGAAAAAUAUUCAUUCACAGUUCUGGCAAAAGAUAAUGGGAUGCCAUCUUUAAUAACCAAUGCCACAGUCUUAGUGACCGUUCUUGAUCAGAAUGACAACAGUCCAAUUUUCACUCACAAUGAGUACAACUUCUAUGUCCCAGAAAACCUUCCAAGACAUGGCACAGUAGGACUAAUCACUGUAACUGAUCCUGAUUAUGGAGAAAAUUCUGCAGUAACUCUCUCCAUUUUAGAUGCAAAUGAUGACUUCACAAUUGAUCCACAGACUGGUGUCAUCCGACCGAAUAUUUCAUUUGAUAGAGAAAAACAAGAAUCUUAUACUUUCUAUGUAAAGGCUGAGGAUGGUGGUAGGGUAUCACAUUCUUCAACUGCCAAAGUCACUAUAAAUGUGGUCGAUGUCAAUGACAACAAACCAGUUUUUGUUGUCCCUCCUUCCAACUACUCCUUUGAAUUGGUUCCACCAUCCGCUAAUCCAGGCACAGUGGUCUUCACAGUAGUUGCUAUUGACAAUGACACUGGCAUGAAUGCAGAGCUUCGUUACAGCAUUGUAGGAGGGAACACAAAAGGUCUGUUUAUGAUUGACCAAACAACAGGCAACAUUACACUGAAGGAGAAAUGUGUCCUUGCAGAUCUUGGUUUACACAAACUGAUAGUCAAAGCCAAGGAUUUAGGGCAACCUGAUUCCCUCUUCAGUGUCAUAAAUGUUAAUCUAUUUGUAAAUGAGUCGAUGACCAAUGCUACACUGAUUUAUGAACUGGUGCGCAAAAACAUUGAAACACCAGUGACCCAAAAUAUUGAGACAACUGAUACAUCCUCACCAUCAAGUGACUAUGUCAAGAUAAUGGUUGCCAUUGUUGCUGGCACCAUAACUGUCAUUCUUGUUAUUUUCAUCACUGCUGUAGUAAGAUGCCGCCAAACACCACACCUUAAGGCUGCUCAGAAAAACAAGCAGAAUUCUGAAUGGGUUACUCCAAACCCUGAAAACAGGCAGAUGAUGAUGAUAAAGAAAAAGAAGAAGAAGAAGAAGCAUACCCCUAAGAACUUACUGCUUAACUUUGUCACUAUUGAAGAAGCUAAGGCAGACGAUGCUGAUAAUGAUAGAAACACCGUCACACUAGACCUUCCCAUUGAAUUGGAAGAGCAAACCAUGGGCAAGUACAACUGGGGCACUACACCUACUACUUUCAAGCCUGACAGCCCUGAUUUGGCCCGGCACUACAAAUCUGCCUCUCCACAGCCUGCUUUCCAGAUCCAGCCGGAAACUCCCCUAAAUUCAAAGCACCACAUCAUCCAGGAACUGCCUCUUGAUAAUACCUUUGUGGGCUGUGAUUCCAUCUCCAAGUGUUCCUCCAGCAGUUCUGAUCCCUACAGCGUUUCUGAGUGCAGCUAUCCAGUGACAACUUUCAAGACCCCUGUGUCUGUACACACCAGACUGAAGCGCGCUGGCUUCGACCGACCACGCAGAAGCGUGUCCGUGAGGAGCUACCCCACGUCCGAGGUCAGGGGCGGUGUCCAAGAAGAGCUACCCUACGGCCUAGAGGAGCUACUCUACGACCGAGGUCAGGGGCAGUGGCCAAGAGGAGCUACCCCACAUCCAAGGAGCAAUGGCUUCGAGGGCACAGGAGGACUGAGAGGAGCUACUCCACGUUCAAGGUCAGAAGGG